GUUAGAGCAAGAUCUCAUAAAGAAAAAACAACAAGAACAAGAACUUGCUGCUAUGUCUGAUCCAUCUUUUGUGUGCAUGCCUAUCACUUUCAUUCCGAGACAUAUAUUAUGGACUGGAGGUCGAGUUGGUAAAGAUGGAAAGUUUACCACAGAAGAAAGUAGAAGCGUUGCAGAAAAAAUUGUUGUUCUUGAACAACAAGCAUCCAUGGGGGAAUUCACUGAGUCUGGGAGGGAUGAUAUUUUGAGUGCAGCAUUAGAGAAAAGGGAACAUCCUGGUCGUGUUAGGGGUGUGGGAAGGGGAGUUACAAUAACUAAAUACUUUGGGCCAAAGUCAAGAUCUGAUGAGAAAUAUGUGUCAGAAGAGAGUGUUCA